UUUCUUUGCCUUUACUCUGAUGUCCUACUCACCGCUCGUUGUGCCAGAUUCGUCUUCUAUUCCCUUUACCGACUAUUCUCAAUGGCGCUUUAUAUCUGGUGAAGGCGGUCGCCAUACCUGGCGUUAUCUCGAGACCAAUGAAGAAUGCAAGAGCUGGCCUCAGACUGCUCUGGAGAAGCAUUGGCUGGGUCUACCGACGGAUCUUCCCGUACUACCCCGAGCCAAGGAUCCUUUAGAGGCCGCGCAAAAUGGCUACAAGUUCUAUAAAAACCUCCAGUGUCACGAUGGACACUGGCCAGGUGAAUAUGGCGGUCCUAUGUUCCUCCUACCUGGGCUAGUAAUUGGCUCUUAUGUCUCUGGUAUGGGCUUCAGGACAGAAGAAAGGUUGGAAAUGAUUCGGUACUUAAUGAACCGCGCCAAUCCUGUAGAUGGCGGAUGGGGAAUACAUGUAGAAGGCGAGUCGACAAUGUUCGGCACCGCGUUGAAUUAUGUCGCAUUGCGUAUCCUUGGCGUUGAUGCAGACCAUCCCGUUUGCCGGAAGGGCAGAGCAACCAUGCAUGCUAUGGGUUCUGCAUUAGCUGCACCUUCCUGGGGCAAAUUCUGGCUUUCCGUAUUGAACGUUUACGAAUGGGAAGGCAACAAUCCCAUUCCUCCGGAACUAUGGUUACUUCCAGAAGCACUCCCCUUUCACCCACAUCGAUGGUGGAUACACACACGAACGGUUUAUGUUCCUAUGAGUUACCUUUACGGUGUCAGGUUCAAAGCGCCAGAAGACAAGCUCAUCUUGUCCCUUCGCGAAGAGCUCUACAUGCAAAACUAUUACUCUAUAGACUGGCCAGCACAACGGAACAACGUCUGUAAAGUCGACUUGUAUUCGCCGCAUGCCGCUGUGUUUGAUAUGAUCAACGUUGUUUUGGGUGCCUAUGAGCUCUGCACACUACCACCUCUCAGGCGUAAAGCCGUAGACCGCGCGUACCAGCUUAUCGUCCUAGAGGACGAAAACACUGGGUAUCAAACGCUGGGACCCGUUUCCAAAAUGAUGAAUCUCGUUGCGCGUGUUCACCGUGAGGGCAACCAGAGCUAUGCGUUCAAACUUCACAAAGAAAAGCGAGAAGAUUUCAUGUGGAUUGGAAAGGAUGGAAUGAUGAUGACAGGGACCAAUGGGAGCCAGUUGUGGGAUAUUGGCUUUAUCACUCAGGCUGUGGUAGAGUCCGGUUUGGCGAACCGACAGGAAAAUAAAGAGAGUCUCAUCAGAGCUCUUGGCUGGUUAGAGCAGGCUCAGAUGACUACGAAUCCUGUGCAUUUCGAGACUUCCUAUCGGCACAUGACCAAAGGAGCAUGGGGGUUCAGCACCAAAGAGCAAGGUUAUACCGUUUCAGACUGUACUGGCGAAGGCCUCAAAGCAGUAUUAUAUUGCCAAGACCUUGACUUUACACCCAAGUUGGUGUCCGAGCGACGCCUGUGCGAUGCCGUAGAUGUACUCCUUUCAAUGCAAAAUGCCGACGGAGGAUAUGCGAGCUAUGAACGUGUUCGAGGACCAAGAUGGCUGGAGUUGCUCAAUCCCGCUGAGGUUUUCGGUGACAUUAUGAUAGAUUACACAUACCCCGAAUGUACGACCUCCGUCAUCACAGCACUGGCCAUCUUCCGAAAACGUUAUCCCGUCUACCGCAAGAAAGAUAUUGACCAAACCAUCCGGAAGGCAAUUGUUUUCCUUCACAACAUACAAAAACCCGAAGGCCCCUGGCUGGGAUCCUGGGGUAUUUGCUUUACCUAUGCUACCCAGUUUGCGCUGGAGAGUCUGUCAUUGGUGGGCGAAACAUACGAAACCAGUACCUCCUCGAGACGUGCUUGUGAGUUCUUGAUUAACAAACAAAGAGCUGACGGCGGCUGGGGAGAGAGUUAUAAGACGUGCGAGCAGAAAAGUUGGAUCGAACAUGCUGAAACGCAAGUCGUGCAGACUUGCUGGGCUACCAUGGCUCUGAUGUAUGCGGAAUAUCCUUAUCCUGAACCUAUUGAGAAGGCCAUUGAACUGGUAAUGUCAAGACAGCUACCUGAUGGCUCAUGGGCACAAGAAGCAAUUGAAGGCGUCUUCAAUAAAACUUGUGCAAUCGCAUACCCGAACUUUAAGUUCUCUUUCCCCAUCUGGAUGUUAGGAAAGGCGUAUUCUUACCUUGAAGCCUUGAAGGCUAAACAGAAGAAUGGACGUACCAACGGAGUGAAUGGAUUCUAUUGAACAAAUUUCGUUAUUUUUAUAUUUUACUACUCGUUGUGUUUGAGCUUAGAAACUUUAGUUCGUUGCCACCAUGUUGACUUUGAUCUUCAUAUGUAUUUCGAGAAACCUCCAAAAUUUGGUGAUAUACACAGGAGCUCGAAGUGCCCGUAGCUUUGGCAAGCUGCCUUACAAAUAAAUAUUCG